AACAUGUUUUUGGCCAUUAUCAAUGAUACAUACUCCGAAGUGAAAUCGGAUAUGGCACAACAGAAGGCAGAAAUGGAACUGUCUGACCUUAUCAGAAAGGGUUACAACAAAGCCAUGAUCAAACUUAAAUUGAAGAAAACUACUGUUGAUGACAUUUCGGAAAGUUUGAGACAAGGUGGGGGAAAACUAAAUUUUGAUGAACUCCGGCAAGAUCUAAAAGGGAAGGGGCACACGGAUGCAGAGAUUGAAGCAAUAUUUACCAAAUAUGACCAAGAUGGGGACCAGGAAUUGACAGAGCAUGAACAUCAGCAGAUGAGAGAUGACCUGGAGAAAGAGAGGGAUCUGGACCUGGAUAGGAGCUCUCUGCCACGUCCUCUGAGCAGCCGCAGCUUUCCCCGGAGCUUGGACGACUCAGAGGAGGAUGAGGAUGAAGACAGCGGACACAGCUCCAGGAGGAGGGGCAGCAGCUCUAGUGGGGUUUCCUAUGAAGAGUUCCAAGUACUCAUGAGGCGGGUUGAUCGCAUGGAGCAUUCUAUCGGCAGUAUUGUUUCCAAGAUUGACGCGGUUAUUGUGAAGCUUGAAGCGAUGGAGAGAGCCAAACUAAAAAGAAGAGAUGUGUUGGGAAGACUGUUAGAUGGCGUGACAGAGGAUGAAAGACUGGGUCGUGACAAUGAAAUCCACAGGGAACAAAUGGAGCGACUUGUGCGAGAGGAGUUGGAGCGAUGGGAAUCGGAUGAUACAGCAUCCCAAAUGAGCCAUCGGUUGGGAACGCCACUUGGACUGAAUGGCCAGCCUCGUUCGAGGAACUCUCGGCCAUCUUCCUCCCAGUCAGAUGGUAUUGAUGGGGGAGGAGGAAAUGGGGGGAAUAACAUCCAUGUUGUGUACGAAGAGGAUAGCAAUCGGAGGUGGAGGAGUCCUUCCCAGAGUCCGUUCUGCAAGCAGUCCUUUAGGAGAAGGUUUUUGCUGCGUUUGUCCCUGGACCCUCCCCAUACAGCAUCCCUGGCCCUGCUGGGGUCCCCAGGGCAGCGACGAGCCCCCUUGGAAACACAG